AUGUCACAACAAAAUAAAAUUCAUUCCUUGGAAAAGGAUUCCGACAUAAAUGUGAUGCAAAAAAGCAUCAAUUCAGACUUAUCAGAAAAGUUGGGAGAUUCUCAUAUGAAUAUUCUUCCUACUAAGAAAAUAGUUAUCUGUCUUUCAGUAUUAGCCAUGGCCCUGAUGAUUUCGUUCAUAGAUCAAACGGGAGUUACAGUAGCUACCUCUGUAAUUGGAAAAGAUUUGGAUUCUGAAACAACAAUUAACUGGGCUGGUACUGCUUCUUUAUUAGCCAACUGUAUAUGUCAGGUACUAUUCGGUAGGUUAUCUGACAUUUUCGGUAGAAAGAACGUUUUAAUGUCUGGAUUAUUAAUAUUAGCUAUUGCUGACAUCGGUUGUGGCGUUAGUCAAACAGGAGUACAAUUCUAUGUUUGUCGGGCUUUAGCUGGAAUCGGAAAUGGAUGCUCGUCGAGUCUACCUCAAAUUAUACUAUCCGAUAUUGUCACACUCAGGGACAGAGGAAGAUACCAAGGAAUACUUGGAAUGAGUAUUGGAUUAGGAAAUUCAAUUGGGCCUUUCCUAAUGGCAGGAUUUAUUCAUGGUGCUACCUGGAGAUGUUUCUACUAUAUGUUGUGUCCUUUGAAUCUUCUUGUAAUAGUAGUUAUAUACGUUUUCAUUAAAAAUCCUGUCAAAAAACUGGAAAUUAUUUUGACGAGAAAGGAAAAAUUCAUGAAAAUCGAUUACAUUGGAAUAUUCUUUGCUACUGCUUGUUUAACUCUAUUACUUAUUCCAAUCAGUGGAGGUGGAUCAACGUAUCCAUGGAACUCUCCAAUAAUCAUCGCAAUGUUUAUCGUUGGCGGUGGGCUCUUUUUUGUAUUUUUACUCGUUGAGUGGAAGUUUGCAAAGUUACCAAUGAUUCCUUUGAGAAUUUUUAAGCUACCUAUGGUAUCCUUGAUAUUUUUAUCAACCUUUUUCUUCGGUAUGGCAUAUUUCAGUUUCCUUUAUUACCAACCAUAUUAUUUCGAAAUUGUUAAAGACAAAGACAUCGUACAUACCUCAUUAUUUGUGUUGCCUUUAGUCUUAUGUCAAGCAGUCAUGUCUGCUGUAUCUGGGCAAAUAAUCACGUACACCGGGCAUUAUAUAUACGUAAUCAUCACCGGUUACGCUCUUUGGUUGCUAGGAAAUUGUUUACUACUUCUCUGGAACGAGAAUGUGAACGAUGGGGUGAAUGUUGUUAGUCUUUUAAUUAUUGGUUGUGGAGUCGGUUUUACAUUCCAACCAUCAAUGGUAGCAGUCCAGGCACAAGCCAAAAAGGCCGAUAGGGCUGUGGUUAUCUCAACAAGAAAUGUCAUUAGGUCUUUCGGAGGUGCUGUAGGGAUUGCUGUCGGGUCUACUACAGUAAGCAAUUCAUUCUUGAACAAUAUCAAGCAGCUUGAAAAAGAUAACACCACCAAAAUUCCAUCCAGCUACCUUAGGUACUUAGAAACCAACAUCUAUAGUCGCUUCGACACUUCCAGUUUAACCACAAAACAAACAAGUGCCGUCAGACUUAUGUACGUCAAUGCUUUGAAAAAUUACUUUUAUUUAUUAAUCCCCUUCAUUGCUAUCUGUUUAAUUACUUCUUUCUUUAUCAAGGACAGAGGGUUGCAAUGUAUUGAUGAGAUCGAGCCUCCUACGAGAAAGAAUUCAGAUACAGAAUCAUCUGUAUCAAGAAACAGAGCUUAA